GCUCGGUGGCGGCAGAGCAGCAGAUCCUUUUGUUUGGAGGAGCCACAUUUCCAGAACCGAACCGGAGCAGGCGGGCGGCGCACGCGGCCACAUACCACCCACCUGCCCGCGGCCGCCGGCAUCUCCGCCCGACAACGGUCUGGCAGCGUCCUAGUGCCCCUCCCGCAUUCGGACUGAGAUCCCGGGCACCGACCCGCCGCCGCCCGUGACUGCUAAACUGAACCAGUAAGCUGGCGACGUCUACAGGAAAAAAGCAGAACAAGAAAAAGAUGGAAGAAGUAGUUGAUGAAGAGGAGGAGGAAUAUGUUGUGGAGAAAGUGCUAGAUCGGCGGGUGGUUAAAGGAAAAGUUGAAUAUCUGCUGAAAUGGAAAGGAUUCUCUGAUGAGGACAACACGUGGGAGCCAGAAGAGAACCUGGACUGUCCAGAUCUGAUCGCAGAGUUCUUGCAGUCGCAGAAAACCGCACAUGAGUCUGAUAAAUCAGAUGGCAAACGCAAAGCAGAUUCGGACAGCGAGCUUGCAGGAGAAGAGAGCAAGCCUAAGAAAAAAAAAGAAGAGGCUGAGAAGCCUCGUGGAUUUGCGCGGGGUUUAGAGCCAGAAAGGAUCAUUGGAGCCACAGACUCAAGUGGAGAGUUGAUGUUCUUGAUGAAAUGGAAAAAUUCAGAUGAAGCUGAUCUUGUCCCAGCAAAGGAAGCCAAUGUGAAGUGUCCCCAAGUUGUGAUCUCUUUCUAUGAAGAGAGGCUGACGUGGCACUCCUACCCCACCGAGGAUGAUGACAAAAAAGAAGACAAAAACUAAAUGCCCCAUACAGCUGGUAUUACUGAUAGUGAUUGGGGGAGGGGAGGGCAACUGCAGGAAUCCGUCUUUCCUGCAGCCAUAAAUAAAGGGGAUUCAUGAGUGUAUCCCAGGAGAACACUGCACCCUACACGCCUUUCCUACUAGUGUUACAAACUCUAAAUUUUUACUGAGUAGCAUGUAAUGUUUGGCUAUUAGUGAUAUGUCUGUCAAAAAGACGCUGAGGUCGCUUGGGAUGGGCGGGGGGGGGGUGAAAAGAGAACUUUUUUUUUUAACUAUAUAUUUUAAUCAUGGAAUGAAACAAAAAUACUGUCACCAAAAGACAAAGAAGAUGUAUUCUGUUUAUUGACAUCCAUUCAGUGUCAGGCUCCUCUUCAGGUGGUUGCAAGAACCUUUCAAAGCUAACUUGUACCUAAUAUAUGGGGAAUAUGGAGAUGUCCCAACGUUUAGCUGAUUGGAGGUGCACCUUUUGAAGGGGUGUAAUGCGGCAUUUGUGUAUUUUCAACCAGUUACUUGGAGAAGGUGCUGUUCGUGUGGUUUUUAAAUUCCCAAGCAGGAAGCCUAUGGGAGGCUGGGGGUCUCUCUUGAGAUCUUGGUUACUUAAGGGCUCCUGUACAGAAAAUAAUUGUAUAAACCUGUCAACUUUGUAGUCUGUUUUUAAAAGCAUGUGUUUUAAGUCUGUGAGAACUUUUACCAUAAGUAAAUAUUAGGCAGCAUUUUGUUAGUCAGUCGUCCUAAUAAAACUUUAGAUUUAUAAAA